AUGGACUGUCGUAACAUUGAUCGUCACUCAGCCAGUGUUGUAGUUGACCAUCUUGUUACAAGGGGUAUGGAUGAGGCUUAUAAGUGGCGGUCAGAUUGGUAUCAUCAUGGAGAGUUAAAGUCUGGGGUUGAAGGUGACAAUAAGGUCAGUCAGUUGAAUGAUGAGAUAUAUGGGUUAUAUCAAGCUGCUGAGUUCAUGGAUGAUGACUUUGUUAGAAAUGCUGAACUCGGUGAGAUUGCAGAGUGUGAGGACAAGAAAGAAGAUGAGUUUCUUGCAAAGCUUGCAGAUGUUGUAACACCCUUAUAUCCAAGUUGUGUGAAUCAUAGUAAACUCUCGGCAAUUGUAUCCCUAUUCAGACUUAAGACACAGAAUGGCUGGUCUGACAAGAGUUUCAAAGAUCUUCUGGAGACAUUGCCGGAAACGUUACCAGAGGACAAUGUGCUACACACAUCACUGUAUGAGGUGAAGAAAUUUCUUAAGUCAUUUGAUAUGGGCUACCAGAAGAUUCAUGCAUGUGUUAAUGACUGCUGCUUAUUCAGAAAGAAGUACAAGAAGCUCGAUAAUUGUCCUAAAUGCAAGGCUUCUAGAUGGAAGACGAACAUGGUUAAUGGUGAAGUAAAGAAAGGUGUUCCACAGAAAGUGUUACGCUACUUUCCCAUAAUCCCACGGCUGAAGAGAAUGUAUAGGUCCGAAGAGAUGGCUAAGGAUUUAAGGUGGCAUCAAACUAACAAGAGCAACGAUGGUAAACUCCGCCACCCUGUGGAUUCAGUAACAUGGGAUCAGAUGAAUGCCAUAUAUCCUUCAUUUGCAUCUGAAGAAAGGAAUGUGAGGCUUGGUCUUUCCACAGAUGGAUUUAAUCCAUUCAAUAUGAAGAACAACAACUACAGUUGCUGGCCAGUUUUGCUAGUAAACUACAAUUUGCCACCUGACUUAUGCAUGAAGAAGGAGAACAUCAUGCUUACAUUGUUGAUACCUGGACCACAACAGCCUGGUAAUAGCAUUGAUGUAUACUUAGAGCCGCUCAUAGAGGAUCUUAACCAUCUCUGGAACAAUGGAGAGACAAAAUAUGAUGCAUUCAGUAAAUCUACGUUUAAUCUGAAGGCAAUGCUGCUUUGGACGAUUAGUGACUUUCCGGCUUAUGGGAAUCUUGCAGGCUGCAAAGUAAAGGGUCAGAUGGCCUGUCCAUUAUGUGGAAAAAAUACAGACAGUUUGUGGUUGAAGUUCUGUCGAAAACAUGUCUAUAUGUGCCAUCAAAAGAGACUGCCACCAAAGCAUAGUUUCAGAUUAAAGAAGUCGUGGUUUGAUGGAAAAACUGAACAGGGGAGAAAAAGAAGGAUAUUGUCUGGGCAAGAAAUUUCUCAAAACCUGAAAAUUUUCAAAAAUGACUUUGGAAAUUGGAAACGACCUGUGCGCAAGAGGAAAAAGACUGAGUGUACUAGUAUGGAGUCUGAUAAAGAGGAGUUAUCUACAUGGCCUGUCACCAAAGUUGUCUUUGAAAACAACCUAGAUGCAACAGGUCAGUUAUCUCCUACUCAAAAGUCUGCAUCUAAAUCGCAUAAGACACAAACCUCAACAUCAUGCGAGAAGUCUCCAAGAACAGUUCCAAAAUCUAAUGCAAUGGAAACUCAAACAGCUGCACAGUCACCUCUUCGAAGAUCUCCGCAAAAAAAUGGAGCUAUCAAGGAAAAUCAGAAGUGUAAGUUAAUGAAUAUUAGCGGAAGGAAGCGGGUUGUUGCUGAAGGACGGGUGCAUUCAACUGAUCCAGAGCAAAAGGUACACUAUGUUCGCUUGGAUCUUAACGUUGUGCGAGUUUGGAUAGAUAUAGUCAAGGUAGAUGACGCAGCGGUUUGGAGGCCAUCAGAUGAGAUUGAGUAUAUGAGAGAUGCACUUGGUUCAUCUAUCGCAUGGCCAAUUGAUCAGUUGGUCAAAUAUUGA